CCCCGAGGAGCCGCCGCCCCCGGGAGCCCGGGGCACGGUGCGCGCCCUGACCCGCAGCGCCCGGAGAAGACGCCACCCCCUACGCCCGACCCUCGCGGCCAGGGCAGCGCCACGCGAGCCCUCUAGACGACCGCAGGGCCACAGCAGCUUCGCCGCCGGUGCCCCCUCGGAAACCAUGACCCCCGGCGCGGGCCCAUGGAGCCAUGGCCUAUAGGGUCCUGGGCCGCGCGGGGCCACCUCAGCCGCGGAGGGCGCGCAGGCUGCUCUUCGCCUUCACGCUCUCGCUGUCCUGCACAUACCUGUGCUACAGCUUCCUGUGCUGCUGCGACGACCUCGGCCGGAGCCGCCUCCUCGGCGCACCUCGCUGCCUCCGCGGCCCCAGCGCGGGCGGCCAGAAACUUCUCCAGAAGUCCCGCCCCUGCGAUCCCCUCGGGCCGACGCCCAGCGAGCCCGGCGCUCCCAGCGCGCCCGCGGCCGCUGUGCCCGCCCCUCGCCUGUCCGGCUCCAACCACUCCGGCUCCCCGAAGCCGGGUACCAAGCGGCUGCCCCAAGCCCUCAUCGUGGGCGUGAAGAAAGGGGGCACCCGGGCCGUGCUGGAGUUCAUCCGCGUGCACCCGGACGUGCGGGCCUUGGGCACCGAGCCCCACUUUUUCGACAGGAACUACGGCCGCGGGCUGGACUGGUACAGGAGCCUGAUGCCCAGAACUCUCGAGAGCCAGAUCACGCUGGAGAAGACACCCAGCUACUUCGUCACUCAAGAAGCCCCUCGACGUAUCUUCAACAUGUCCCGAGACACCAAGCUGAUCGUGGUCGUGCGGAAUCCCGUGACCCGGGCCAUCUCUGAUUACACCCAGACGCUGUCUAAGAAGCCUGACAUUCCAACCUUCGAGGGCCUCUCCUUCCGCAACCGCACCCUGGGCCUGGUGGACGUGUCGUGGAACGCCAUCCGCAUCGGCAUGUAUGUGCUUCAUCUGGAGAGCUGGCUGCAGUACUUUCCGCUGGCUCAGAUUCACUUCGUCAGUGGCGAGCGGCUCAUCACUGACCCGGCCGGCGAGAUGGGGCGGGUCCAGGACUUCCUGGGCAUUAAGAGAUUCAUCACAGACAAGCACUUCUACUUCAAUAAGACCAAAGGAUUCCCUUGCUUGAAAAAAACAGAAUCGAGCCUCCUGCCUCGAUGCCUGGGUAAAUCAAAAGGGAGAACUCAUGUACAGAUUGAUCCUGAAGUGAUAGAUCAGCUCCGGGAAUUUUAUAGACCUUAUAAUAUUAAAUUUUAUGAAACUGUUGGGCAGGACUUCAGGUGGGAAUAAGAUGCAAGGGUUCUUCUGAUGCAAGGGCUCUUCUGCUCGUCUCUUCCAUGAAGUUUGCUCUCAGAGCCUCUGAUCUUCCUCCAACACCCUUCUUUCCCAUCUUGAGUUCUAUCACCUGGAGCCAGGAAGCCCAGCUAAGGCCAAGAGACCAGGGGGUUCCUGACCUUAUCUCUCACCACUCUGCCCAGGCAAAGUUGAUCUGCUCCAGGCAUGUCCAACAAUUCCAGAAUCGUUCUCCCUUCUGCCCAUAAGAGGCCUUGGGGGAUUGCUUUAAGAAGAGUGGCUCCUCUAAUAAUAAUAACCUAUUAUAAGUUGCUGAUGAUUCUGUUGCCAUGAACACAGCAGGCAGUCCCUGUUACAGUCUACUCAGGAGUGGCCUUGUUAGUUCUAAGUGGCAUGUACCUUCCCUCUGAGCUUCAUUUCCCUGAGAUGCCCUGAGUGGUGGGAUGGGAGACCAUCCUCUGACCUCCUCAGACCUUAGCAACUCAUCAAGCAGUUGCAAAGCUGGAAGCACCCUCCUGGCCACUCCGAGAUAGACCCUUUGUUGAUUAGAUAAACCAGUGACUUCAGAGCCUGUAGUCUCAACUGUACCAGAAGGAUACUGUCUCUGAAAACCAUUUUAUGACUCUCCCUGCUCCCUGUGGACAAAAGCACAUAAUUCUGCUGUUACGGGUACUCUGCUCACGCGAGCUUUCAUGUUCAGCAUGCGACAGAAUCAUGCUUGUCCAUGUGAAAUAAAUAUGGCUCUCUCGUGUCCUUAA